CAUGGCAUGGGACAGAUUCAUAAAGAAAGAAGUAAUCGGUAAAGAAUCAGAGGAUUUACCAAGUAUUGAGUCAGAAUACUUAUCCAGCGUAGUAACAGAAGGAAAUAACGACUAUUUCAUAAUAAACCAGAAAAGGCACCUGCUCCCAAUCCGGAAUAUCGUAAGAGUAACAAAAGCCCAGGAUAAUUCAGAGGAGUACUUAAUAAACAACAAAGUAACAGGAAUAAUCCUUAAACCCACAGGAAGAAUAAGAAAGUUCUUCAAAAUCCCUGCUGUACGCCCUGAGUCAGUGACGUAUUUCAGUGACGGAUUAGUUGCAGGAAUAUCACACAGCAGGGAAGAAGUAAUUUCAUUCACUGUGGGGGGACCAAAUUCAGAUUCAGAAUUCUCAAUAACCAACUUAACCGUAUCCAUACGGCUAGAUAACUGUCUUAAUAUUACAGUGAUAAACCGUGAAUUAUAUGUAAAUUACAGUGAAGGUACUUGUGUUUUAGUCCCUGUUGAAUCAUACUAA